AUGUCCGUCCCUCCAGAGGUAUCAGUCUCUCUCUCUCUCCAGAGGUAUCAGUCUCUCUCUCUCUCUCUCUCUCUCCAGAGGUAUCAGUCUCUCUCUCUCUCUCUCUCUCUCCAGAGGUAUCAGUCUCUCUCCAGUAUCAGUGUAUCUUCAGACUUACCCAGCAUCGUUGUCCGUCCUCUUCAGUCCUUUGGAGAUGUGAGUCAGACUGUGUCUGAACUGAGAGAGAAACUAGAAGACUUCCUUAAAGGAGAAUGGACCAAGAUCUCCACUACAGUGAAUAUAGUGGAUGUUGUACUGCCUCCAGAGCCCAAGACCAGAGAACAGUUGUUACAAUAUUCCUGUCAGCUCACACUGGACCCAAACACAGCACACACACACCUCUCUCUGUCUGAAGGGAACAGAAAGGUGACCUGUACAGGCCAAGUCCAACCAUAUCCUGUCCAUCCAGACAGAUUCACCUACUACUGGCAGGUUCUGUGUAGAGAGGGUCUGUCUGGACGCUGUUACUGGGAGGUGGAGAGGACUGGUGGUGUUGAUACAGCAGUCUCAUAUAAAGACAUCAGCAGAACAGAGGAUGAUGGUAGAUUUGGAUACAAUAACAAGUCCUGGAGUUUAAAGUGCUCUAGUGAUGGUUAUUGUUUCAGACACAAUAAUGUUGAGACUAAAGUAUCAGGCCCUCAGUCCUCCAGAGUAGGAGUGUACCUGGAUCACAAGGCAGGUACUCUGUCCUUCUACAGUGUCUCUGACACAAUGACCCUCCUCCACAGAGUCCAGACCACAUUCACUCAGCCCCUCUAUCCUGGGUUUGGCUCUAUUAUUAUAAUGGUUCUGCUGAGCUGGUUAAACUGUAAACUGAUUUGUUAUUAAUUAAAAUUCAAUACAAUGUUUUAAUCUUGUACAUUUCCAUGAAUCAUGAUGUCUGGUGUUGAUGUAUAUUGGUUGUCAUUCAGAACCAUUGAUAUGUUUUCUCAGUUGGUUCUCUGUCUCUAUGUAAUUCUCCUCAGUAUCAUUGAUCAGCUUGUUGGCUCGGUCCUAAUUGAUGUGUUCUCUGUCACCUGGAGCUGCAUGGAAAAUGGUCCAGGAACUAAAGGACAAUUCAGGACUAGUCAGCCCACUACAAGCUGGUAUCACUUCCUUUCUACUAAACUAUAUGGUCUGGUUUCCCAGACACAGAUGAAUCCUAGUCCUGGACUAAACAGUAUGUUCAAUGUAGAUGUCCAGGAAACCGGCCCUAAAUGUGUCAUCUUUCAUCCUCCCAUACUGCUCAGUCCAGCAACAUUAAACCUGUCCAGCAGGUGGUGCUGUUGACCAAACAAUAGAACCAGCAGAUAUCUUGACUUGCCACUCAGUAUAUCAGUAAUGUUCAGAAUAGUACUUUAAUAUCAUUGGAGAUUGAUGGUCUUUUUAAUCCACUAUCCAGAGUCAGGAACAGAUGAAGUUAGGUCUGCUACUGUUCAGUGAUUAAAUAUGAUUUAUGGUGAUGGGAAAUAAUAAAAAACACUCA